AGGGGCCGCUGUUUUGCGCAGGCGCGGCAGAGGGCGGCGGGCUGUUCUGAGCUCCGCGCGGGGUCCGCGCAAGUCUACUUUCGGUCUGGUCUCGCUGUCGAUGAAACUCCCGGCCUGGGCUCUCGCCUCCGGUUCCCGGAGACUGGGACUAGGGACUAUUGCCCCGGCUGCGGAGCGCGCAGUCUCCCGGCCGUCGCCGUGUAUCCAGAGACCUUUUUGGUUGAGUCCUUGCCGCCGGCGACCACUCUGCCUGCAGGAAUCGGAAGGUCAUGUACUUUCUUCCCUAGCCGCCGCGCGAGAGGACUCCGGCUGCGGUCUCAGAGAGAAUCAGUUCAGUUGGACUCCACAAACUAACCCGUGGGUUUUCAGUGAAUACAGCAUCAUGUGGUUCAAAUCCUAUAGAAUAACUUUUGCCUGCUUGAAUAGAAUGAAAAUUUACAGGUACCCUUGGACAAGACUGUACAGUACUUCUCAAACCACUGUAGACAGCAGUGAGAUAAAAACAUUCGUGGCCCUGGCUCAUAGGUGGUGGGAUGAACAAGGAGUGUAUGCACCUCUUCAUUCUAUGAAUGACCUGAGGGUGUCAUUUAUUAGAGACAAUCUGUUAAAAACAGUUGCUCAUCACCAGCCAGGAAAACCUCUGUCUGGGAUGAAGAUUCUUGAUGUUGGCUGUGGUGGUGGAUUGUUAACUGAACCUCUAGGGCGGCUUGGAGCUUCGGUUAUUGGAAUCGAUCCUGUGGAUGAGAACAUUAAGACAGCGCAGCACCAUAAAUCAUUUGAUCCAGUGCUAGAAAAGAGGAUAGAGUACAGAGCAUGUUCCCUGGAAGAGAUUGUGGAAGAGACUGCAGAAACAUUUGAUGCUGUUGUAGCUUCUGAAGUUAUAGAACAUGUGAUUGAUCUAGAAACAUUUAUACAGUGCUGCUAUCAAGUGUUAAAACCUGGUGGUUCUUUAUUCGUUACUACAAUCAACAAAACACAGCUGUCUUAUGCCUUGGGAAUUGUCUUUUCAGAGCAAAUUGCAGGUAUUGUACCAAAAGGUACUCAUACAUGGGAGAAGUUCGUUUCACCCGAAAAGCUAGAGAGCAUUCUGGAAUCAAAUGGUCUGUCAGUUCACACGGUGGCAGGAAUGCUCUACAACCCCUUCUCAGGUUACUGGCGUUGGAGUGAAAAUACAAGCCUGAACUAUGCAGCUCAUGCUGUGAAAUCCAUUGGACAGGAGCCCCCGGUGCCUGCUGGGUUUGUUUUCAGGGGGGAAACAGAGGAGCUCCAUGAUAAAGACUCCAUCAACCCAGGUGUGCAGGAAGAGCUGAAGAAAUGAAUGGCUUCGAAGGACUAUGUAUAAUACGGCUUGAAAGUCUCAUGUUUACAUAUGUGAAAAUACUCUGUCUUUUAGAUUGUGGAUUGUGAGUGGAUUGUGAAGAAAAGUGGAUUGUGGAUUGUGAAAAAAUUGGAUUGUGAAGUGGAUUGUGAGUGGGUUGUGAAGAAAAGAAAGUCAACAAAAAGGGCUAAAACCUUGGAUAAAAGUUGUGGUUGUUUCAUCUAAUGGCCACUUUCAAAGGAUGAUUCUGUGGGUAAAAACUUUUGGCAAGGUAUUGUGUAAUCUAGGCAUUUAAAUUCCUCAGCCUUUGUUUUAUAAAUAGGGUAUACAUACUUGACUUGACGGAUUAUAUAUAUUCAUCCAGCGUGUGUGCACAUACGUAUAUGCUGAAAUGGGUUUUCAUUUAGAGGAAUCUGCAUUAUCUAUGUUCUUUAUCGGGUUUUAGCUAAAGACAGUUAUGCUUCUGACAUACGAAAACCAAAUACAGUUUUAUUCCUCUUAUAUAUGGGAGGAUAAAAUGCAUUUUUUCCUUUAAAUUUUACUUUGUUGGAAAGCAAAUGGAUUGUUAAAUAUAUACUACAUUUGGAUUCAGACAUUAAAAUCAAGAAGUCCGGAUAAUGUCGGGCAUACUUCUAUACAGUUCCAUAAAUGUUUUAUUGUGACUUUUUUUUUUUUUAAGUAGAAAGGACUUUUUAAAACUCAAUUAAAAAUUCGGUUAUGGAAAUUUCUUC